UCCUAUUUCUCACCUCAGCCUCUCAUCACAUCCUCCUGUCGCCGGCUCCGCCCUUUGCCGCCUCUUGCCCCGUCUCCGUCCUCUGCCGCCUCCUGGUCAAGAUCAACUCUGCCCCUCUCCAACUCCUGCACAUUUCAGUCAGAUGACUCCUCUUCCUUCUUCCUUCUAUGAUUCCCGCCAAGCAAGAAAAUGAGUGAACCCUUCUUCUGGGUUUCGAGCAAUUAGAUGUCCCGCGAGACGAGCUUUCACGAUUUGGGUCUGAAUUAAAAUCCUUGAAGGGGUCCUUGUGGGCUGUUGAGUAGUCGUUUUCGUUGAGCAGCUGAUGUGGGUAUGAGUGAUCUCUUGCUGGUCGUAAUCUGUUCGAGUUCUCUUGUCAGUUCCUAGCUGGUAAUUAAUUAUCGAUGAGUCAUCUCUGUUUGUGAACUGAGAUCGACGCAGGUUUUGAUUCUACCAAACAGUAUUGAAGGAAGGCCAUUUGUGUUCUGCACGUGUGGUUUUUGGAGGAAUCUUCUUCUUUUUCGCAAAAACCUAUAUUCGUCUUCUUCCCCGAUAGGUGAGAGCGCUGCCAUUACCCCCAAAACGGAAACUUGCCGAACACAGCCAUAACUCAGCCCCUUCCAAGCCCUCUCUCUCUCUCUCUCUCUCUCCUGUGCUAUAUAAAUUCUUUUAUUGGGUCGCAAUUCAAUUGUGGGGUUUGACUUCAAGAGCUGAGCAGGAUGGGGGAAGCCAUCAAAGAUAACCUCCUCGGGACGGUGCACUCCACAGUGUUCAAAGAAUCGGAAAGCCUAGAAGGGAAGUGCUUGAAGAUCGAGGGGUAUGAUUUCAAUAAGGGUGUAGACUACUCUCAGCUCCUCAGGUCCAUGGUCUCCACUGGGUUCCAGGCCUCCAACCUCGGUGAAGCCAUUGAAGUUGUCAACCAAAUGCUAGACUGGAGGCUUGCUGAUGAAGCCAUAGCAGAAGAUUGCAGCCAGGAGGAGAGAGACCCUGCAUAUAGAGAGUCUGUUAAGUGCAAAGUGUUUCUGGGAUUUACUUCAAACCUUAUUUCAUCUGGGGUCAGAGACACCGUUCGGUACCUUGUUCAGCAUCAUAUGGUUGAUGUGGUUGUAACAACAGCCGGUGGUAUAGAAGAAGAUCUCAUUAAAUGUCUUGCUCCAACCUAUAAAGGAGAUUUCUCUCUUCCAGGGGCCGUUUUGCGCUCAAAGGGAUUAAACCGUAUCGGUAACUUAUUGGUUCCAAACGAUAACUACUGUAAAUUUGAGGAUUGGAUAAUUCCAAUUUUCGACCAGAUGUUGAAGGAACAAAUGGAAGAGAAUGUAUUAUGGACACCUUCCAAGUUAAUUGCUCGCCUUGGGAAGGAGAUUAAUGAUGAAACUUCCUAUCUUUAUUGGGCGUACAAGAACAAUAUACGAGUAUUUUGUCCUGGCUUAACAGAUGGCUCCUUAGGAGACAUGUUAUACUUCCAUUCCUUCCGUAGCCCAGGUCUGAUCGUGGACAUAGUCCAAGAUAUUAGGGCCAUGAAUGGUGAAUCUGUACAUGCAAGUCCCAGGAAGACGGGGAUGAUAAUCCUUGGAGGUGGAAUGCCAAAGCACCAUAUCUGCAAUGCGAAUAUGAUGCGGAAUGGUGCAGACUUUGCUGUUUUUAUAAACACUGCUCAAGAGUUCGAUGGAAGUGACUCUGGGGCUCGGCCCGAUGAGGCCGUCUCCUGGGGGAAAAUUCGUGGUUCAGCCAAAACUGUCAAGGUGCACUGUGACGCUACGAUAGCUUUCCCAUUACUUGUGGCAGAAACCUUUGCUUCAAGGAGACGAAGAGCUCCCUGAGACCAAGGCCUAGCUCAAAUUCCUCCUGACUAAAGAUCAUUGGCUCUGUGGCUAUUUAUUGGUUUUUGCUAAUUAUUGAGCGUGUUCACUAAAUUAUUAGUGGAUGUUGUUUAGCAUAAUAUUCAGUAGGCUGUAUUCCCGGAGGAGGAUGCAACUCUCUUUUGGAAGCAGCGUUGGGUUUAACCCGAAGAGAUAUCAUUAAUGUAGCCUUUGUUCCGGAGAUAAUGGAACAAUGUGGUGGAGACAAUUGACACCAUAUGCAAUGAGCAAUAUCAAUAUCUUUUACGUA